AUGGCAGUGGCGCUUGCGAAGAAGAAAAAGUGGAGGAAAUGCCCGAACUGUAACUUCUUUGUGGAAAAGGCGGAAGGCAACACAUCUGCAGCAAUGGAUAUCUCGGAUGACUUCGUGGACAUUUAUGAAGACGAUCAGCCUGCAAAGAAAGUAAGUUGGAAUCUGGGUUUUGAUGCAAUGACACCGAAGAAGAAUCAAAUAUGCAGCCCAAUGAAAGAUUCUCCGAAGACGGACAGUGGAAGUGUAGAGAUCAUUUCAUAUGGACAGUAUUUUAGUCCAUUCAAAUCUGAAAUGCAUAGGGAGGUUAUUGAACAGAACAUAGAAAAACAAGCUAAAAGAAAGCAUGCGCUCCUAACUUGGAAAUGGGAUGAGGUCAUUGAUAUUACCCAAAGUGAAGAUUCGAAUGGUCAGAAAGAUGAUUUUAAGGCAAAACAACAAGAUGAUUUGGAGUCUGAGUUAAGUGAUACAGCAGACUCUUUGGAUAGUCCAUUGAAAAGAUCAAAGAUUCCACGUAUAACUAAAAAUUGCAACGAUCAUGUUGGAUGGGUUGAAUUUUAA